AAAGAUGAUAAAUUACUAAAUAUAAUAGCGAAAGUGGGAUGCCCUGCGUUUUCUCGUGAUCUAUUCUCUCUCGACCAUGGACGCGUUCACUUCCUUCUUCGAUUCCCAAUCAAGGGCCGGCUGGAGCUACGAUACGCUGAAGAACUUCCGUGAGAUCUCGCCGGUCGUACAGACUCAUCUCAAGAAGGUUUACCUCACUUUAUGUUGUGCACUUGUUGCAUCCGCCGCUGGUGCCUAUUUGCAUAUCCUUUGGAACAUUGGUGGCCUUCUUACAACAUUUGGAUGUAUGGGAAGCGUAGUCUGGCUUUCCUUUGUUCCACCACAUCAAGAGCAAAAGAGGGUUGCUCUAUUGUUGGCAUCUGCGGCUCUGCAAGGGGCGUCAGUUGGUCCUCUGAUUGAGUUGGCUAUUGAAAUUGAUCCUGGUGUUCUGGUAUCUGCAUUUGUGGGAACUGCAGUUGCCUUUUGUUGUUUCUCUGGAGCUGCCAUGUUGGCAAGGCGCAGAGAGUACCUUUAUCUUGGUGGUCUGCUUUCAUCUAGUUUGAGUAUGCUUCUCUGGCUGCAUGUUGCUUGCUCCAUCUUUGGUGGCUCCACAGCACUGUUUAAGAUGGAGAUAUACUUUGGCCUCUUGGCGUUUGUGGGCUAUGUAGUCUUUGACACACAGGACAUAAUUGAGAAAGCACACUCGGGUGACUUGGACUAUGUGAACCAUGCUCUGACCCUUUUUAUUGAUUUUGUUGGUGUCUUUAUCCGCAUUCUGGUAAUUAUGUUGAAAAAUUCAAUUGAGAAGAAUGGUGACAAGAAGAAGAAGAAAAGGAGUGACUGAGUUUCUGGAAAGUUGCUGGGCUGGAAAGAUGGAAAGUCUGAAAGUUGUUAAUGGAUGUGAUGAAAAUAAUGAAAAAUAUGUUGAUGCUUGAAAUGAAAUCAGAGCAUGUAGUGUGUGGGUAAGUUGAUUUUACUAUGUGAAUAUAAACCAGUGGUGUGUUUUGUUAGUAUUUGCUUUUCAUUUUCCUUUUUCGUAUUCAAUGAUUUGUGAGGGGAAACUUUGACUAAACCACUAAAUCAGGGUUUCUUCAUGGUGAAUGUGCUACGAGAUGGGCAUUUCUCAGCUUUGCUGAGAUUUAGGAGACCUCUUUUUCACUGUUGUUUAAUUACCAAUGUAAGUAAUAAAAUGUUUUUAUAUGCAUGCUGGUUCAGAAGUGUUUUAUGUUUUGUUUAACUACGCCUGCCCAGGAAAAUACCUAUUAGCAAACUAAGAAUAAAAAUUUAUUAUACAG